AUGAAGCUGAGAGUGAAGCCCGUCGGCGCCCCCGAGUUCGAGGUCGAUGUGGACCCGUCCGCCACUGUGGCGGACUUCAAGAUCGAGGCCACAGCGGGGUGCUCCAUCGACCCCGACUCCAUGCAGGUGCUGCACCGCGGCAGGGUCCUGAAGGACGACGACACCCUGGCCGCGAGCGGCGUGGGGGGCAGGGAGGCGUUGGUCGUGGCGCAAGCGCGCGCUCCGCCGAGGAACAGCACCGGCGGCGGGGUCGACGCCGAGCUGGCGCCGGCCGCGCCGCGGCCGGCCGCGGGCGCGUGGCAGCUGCGGGUGCGCGGGCCGGGUGGAGUCGACGCGGUUCUGCAGGGGAUUGGCCCAGACUCGACCGUCGCGGACGCGCAGCUCGCGGCCGCCGCGCUGUGCGGCCUGCCCGCGGAGCAGGCGCGGCUGCUGUGCAGGGCCCGGCUGCUGAAGGACGAGGGCGCCACCCUCCUGGGCAGCGGGGUCGCGGACGGUGACACGCUCCACGUAGCGCGCAAGGCCGCGCCGCCGCAGUCCGCGCUGACUGGCCUGCCGGCGCCGCCCCGGCCCGACGCGCGGGAGGCCCAGGGCGCGGCGGGCGCCCCCAUGCCCGCUGCGUGGGGCGCCGGGCCAGCGACGCUGCAGGGGCUGUUGGCAGGGGAGGAGCGGGCCGUGGACGCGGAGUUGUUGCAGGCGCUCGCCCGGCAGAUGCAGGCGCCGCCGCGCGCCGAGCCGCAGGUGCCCCUCGAGGUCCGGAUCGGCCGGGAGGUGCGCGCGAUGGAGCGAGAGGUGCGGUUGUUGGUUGCCGAGCAGCAUCGGCGAGAGGCCGAGGAGGCGGCCGGAGGUGUGGGCCCUGCCAGGCCCCUGCCUGAGCAGGGCGAGGAGGACGCGGAGCUGCUGGAUGAGAUCGCUCGCCAGAUGGCCGAGGCCCGCGCGCGCGGCGCGCCGGUGCCCAACGCGCGCCAGUUCGUGGCCCGGGGGCUGCAGCGGGCCCAGGAGCGCAGACAGCGCCAGGAGCGUCUCCUCCGCGAGGCGCAGGGCUUCGACCCCGACCUGGAGGACGCCCUGGCGGCGGCUGAGCAGACCGCUGCCGCGGCCGCGCGCGCCCCGCGCAGGCUGGGGCGCGGAGACGCCCCUGCGCCGCAGUGA